ACAAAACAAAAAGAGAAACAAAACAAAACAACACUUCACUUGUUUCUUCAUUUUCUCACCAUUCUUUUCUUCAACCACACAAACCAAACCCAACCCAACCCAACCCAACCCAACAUCACACUCUUCUUCCUCCUCCCUCCAUCUCCGGCGGGUCAAUGACCCAAACCCGAAAACCCUCCGACCCAAAACACCGUACCCGAGAACCCAAAACCCCUUCUUCUUCUUCUUCUUCUUCGUUCUCCACGAGCGGCAUGAAACUCAUCGUGCCCCUUCAAGGCGUGGUUCAAGGUCGUGGAGGCCUUUUUCUCGGUACUCUCAUCCCUUGUGCACUCUUCUACUUCCUCCAGCUCUACCUCAAACGACGCCGUUCCGGCUUCAACAACCCUCCUUCUCCGUCUUCCACCUCUUCCCCUACCCUCCCUCGCACUUCCUCCCGCUCCAACUUGUCGACCCGUGGGUCAAUUUCCCGGGUCCGGGUCUCCAAGCUCGCCACCCUCGUCGCCAAGCCUGAUGACUCGCUGUAUUAUCUUGGCUUAGAAAAGGUCUCUCAGGAUCCCUAUGAUGCGUCGGAGAAUCCCAAUGGGAUUAUUCAGCUUGGCUUGUCUGACAACAAGCUGUGUUUGGAUUUGAUUGGGAAAUGGGUGUCCCGGAAUUUGGAGGGGUCGUUGAUGGGUAGUAGUGAUGAUGUUACUUUGAGCAUUAAUGGGAUUGCACCUUAUCAGCCACAUGAUGGAUUGGGGGAAUUGAAAAUGGCCUUGUCGGAUUUCAUGCAGCAGGUGAUGGGAGAAUCAGUGAAAUUCGACCCAUCAAAUAUGAUACUAACAUCUGGAGCAACUCCUGCAAUUGAAAUUCUUUCCUUCUGCUUAGCAGACCAUGGAAAUGCAUUCCUUGUCCCUACACCUUACUAUCCAGGCUUUGUCAGAGACGUGAGAUGGCGCCCAGGCGUUGACUUAAUACCUGUUCACUGUCGUAGUACUGACAACUUCAAUCUAAAUAUCACUGCUCUUGAACAAGCAUAUAGUCAAGCAAGAAAACGAGGAGUCAAAGUUCGUGGGAUCCUCAUCUCCAACCCUUCGAAUCCUGUUGGAAAUAUUCUGACACCAGACGUACUUUUCAGUCUUCUAGACUUCGCUGAAGAGAAAAACAUUCAUAUCAUUGCCGAUGAAGUAUUUGCAGGCUCGACAUAUGGAAGUGACAAGUUUGUGAGCAUAGCUGAAAUUCUCGAUUCCGAAUAUGUAGACAAGAGCCGGGUUCAUAUAGUAUAUGGCCUGUCGAAAGACCUCUCACUUGCUGGCUUUAGAGUUGGGGUUAUAUAUUCAUUCAACCACACUGUUUUAGCUGCUGCCAAGAAGUUAAGUAGAUUUUCCUCUAUAUCUGCGCCAACCCAAAGGUUAGUUGCUUCAAUGCUUUCAGAUAAAAGAUUUAUUCAGGAGUACCUUGAAACCAACCGGUACAGAAUACAACAGGUACAUGAUAAAUUUGUGGAUUGUUUAAGUAAACUAGGAAUCAAGUGUGCCAAGAGCAGUGCUGGCAUGUUUUGUUGGGCUGAUAUGAGCGGAUUAAUCCGACCGUAUAGUGAGAAAGGAGAACUUGAGUUAUGGGAGAAGUUUAUGAGUGUUAGUAAGAUCAAUAUAACUCCUGGAUCAGCCUGCCAUUGCAUAGAACCAGGAUGGUUUCGUAUUUGUUUUACAAGUAUAUCUUUUGAGGACAUUCCUCUAGUCAUUGAACGGAUUAGAAGAGUUGUUGAAAGUUGUAAAUCUUCCAGUUGAAGUUUCAUUUUUUUCUCCUGACACUUCAGGCUAUUGCCUGAUAUUGCUGUUUAGAAAUUUUGGGAAGAAAUGUAUACAUAAUUUAUUAUGAA